CUUCUUGUACUGCUUCUUCUGUUCUUUACUUGUACUGUUUUUUUUCCUAGCUAUCUUUUUGCUAUAUUUACACAACUGUUCAAUUGGAAGUUAUCUUCAAUCAUUUACAUUCGCUUUACAUAUUUAUCCUGAAUAGCCGUCAUUGUUGUCCAAAAUGGCUACCCAUAGAGACUUGACGUCCAACACUCCUCAGUUCAACCUUUCUACAAACUCAAACUCUGACGGAGAUGAAUCUUCAGUCGACACACCAGCACGUAAUCCAUUUGAAAGUGCGUCCAUAGUGUCAUCAGCCCACCAACACAACCCACACAAUAAUAACCAUCCGUCACCAUCGUCAUCAAACUCAUCCGCGUCUUCCAACAUCGACCCUAUAGCGCCCCAACCACAUCACAUCACGCCAUAUGACCAAUACAGUGGCUACUAUUCCAACAGUGGCAGUUCCAAUAUGCUUCUUCUUAAUAAUAACUCCAGUGCCGAGGACCACACAGGAUUGCUCUCGGCCGCAGCCCAACCUUCUGUCGGACCUUCGCCUGUCAAUACACCUGCCGAAUUUGACAGAUAUCCAUCCAUGGCCGGAUCAAGAGUGGUUUCAUCAACAUCAUUAGCUUCCCAUUUAUUCAAUAACAACAACAAUCGUCCAAUAUCUUCCUUGUCUAAUGGAAGCGCAACAAGUUCAACUAACUCCUUGGCAAAUCCAGGCGCUGCUGGAGCUUACCCUUCUGAAUUCUCAUCAUCGCCAUUUGGUGGCUAUCCUGCCAGUUCAUUCCCACUUCACAUUGAUGAAAAAGAGCCAGAUGACUACUUGCACAACCCAGACCCAGUGGCUGAUGCCGAGUAUGAUAAAAACAGAUUUAAACAUGAUUUAAAGAAUAUGGAUCGUAGAUCCGUUGGUGGGCUCAUUGGUUUUAUAGUAUUGUUAUUAGGGUUAUUGCUCGUGUUUGUGUUGUUGCCAGCCAUGACCUAUUCUAGUAUCACUCACUACAUGAAACCACAAGAAUACGAAGUGCUUACCCAGUAUAGUUACCCUAUGCUCAGUGCCAUCCGUCAAGAAUUGGUUGAUCCGGAAACUCCAGAAGAUGCGCUUUUCUGGAAGGCUAGAGAUGGAUCGAUGUGGCCCAUUGUAUUCAGUGAUGAGUUUAAUGCCGAAGGAAGAACUUUCUACCCAGGGGAUGACCAAUUCUUCACCGCUCCUGACUUGCACUAUGAUGCUACUAAAGAUUUAGAAUGGUAUGAUCCUGAUGCUGUCACUACUGCCAACGGUACAGUUACCCUUAGAAUGGAUGCAUUCCAAAACCACAACUUAUUUUAUAGAUCGGGAAUGCUUCAAAGUUGGAACCAAUUUUGUUUUACCCAAGGUAAGAUUGAAUUCAGUGCCAGAUUGCCUAAUUACGGGGAUGUUUCUGGGUUAUGGCCUGGUAUGUGGACCAUGGGUAAUUUAGGAAGACCGGGUUAUUUGGCCAGUACUGAAGGGGUGUGGCCAUAUUCGUAUGAUUCUUGUGAUGCUGGUAUUACACCUAACCAGUCCUCGGCUGAUGGUAUCUCAUAUUUGCCAGGUCAACGUUUGAAUGCAUGCACAUGUCCUGGUGAAUCACAUCCUAAUCCAGGUGUAGGUAGAGGUGCUCCUGAAAUCGAUGUUAUUGAAGCAGAAAUGUCUAGUGAUCCAACCGGUAAGAAGCCUAACUUGGGUGUUGCAUCGCAAUCACUUCAAUUGGCUCCAUUUGAUAUCUGGUAUAUUCCUGACUAUGAGUUCCUCGAAAUCUACAAUAAAUCCGUCACCACCAUGAACACCUACUGUGGUGGUCCAUUCCAACAAGCUCUUUCUGCUACAACCACCUUGAAUACUACUUGGUAUGAAUUCGGUGAUGGGGAACAUAAUUACCAACGUUAUGGGUUUGAAUAUUUGAACGAUAUGAAGACAGGUUACUUGACGUGGUUUGUCGGAAAUGAUCCUACAUUGACGGUUCAUUCCAUGGCAUUGCACCCUAACGGGAACAUUGGUUGGCGUCCUCUCUCCAAAGAGCCUAUGUCGUUGAUUAUGAACUUGGGUAUUUCUAAUAACUGGGCUUAUAUCGAUUGGAACAGUUUGAAUUUCCCCGUUACCAUGAGCAUAGAUUAUGUUAGAGUGUAUCAACCCAAGGAUCAAAUUAAUGUUGGUUGUGAUCCCGAUGAUUUCCCUACAUACGAUUAUAUUCAAGAGCAUUUGAAUAUAUAUGAGAAUGUCAACUUGACCAUGUUUGAACAUGGAGGAUACAAUUUCCCCAAGAACAAGUUGACUGGGUGUUAAAGUUUAUAGAAAAAUAUAUAGAGAGAAGGAUAGAGUUGCAUAGUAUAUUUGAUUUACAUAUUUAUUAAAGAUGUACUUUCCCGCUAACUUAUCGACCUCCC